UUGAAAAAGUUCAACCUUUUCUCUUUCAAAGCAUUAAUCCAACUAACUGCCCCCUGUUCUCUUCUAGCUCUCUUUCUAUAUAGAAAUUGCAGAAAACAGAAUUCCAAUUCCUAAUGGAUAAACAUGGCAAUGUUUGGAAGAUGGGGAACUCUGUUCCUGUUUCUACAACCUCGGACUCUGCCUUGAAACUUCAACGCUCAAUCAGUUGUAAGCUGGACAGAGUCUUAAUCGAAUCACCGAUCAAGAAAAACAAAGUCAAAGGCCAAAACUCAAUUGCUGGACAUGGUUUGAAGCCUCAGCCACCACCAAUAUCCCAUGUAGACAGUUUCCGAGAAUUAAGUGCUAAAGAGGAAAUAUAUUUUGAUCCACGGUCCUGCCCAGAAUCUGAUUGUGAAGACUUCUUCAGUAUCAGCAGUGAUACAACCCCAUCUUGUGGCAACACUCCUAUCCACCAAAGCAGCUGCAAAGAAACUCCUGAACCUCUUUAUGUGAACAGUACACCCAGUUCCAAUCCUGAACCCCCUCCAACAGAUAUGAAAAAACAACUAUUUGAGCUCUUUCAAGAGAGCUUCAGGGGAGAUGCUGUUGAUCAUGGCAGUCCAAAUUUACAAGGAAGGCCCAUUUUUCACAUCCCUCCAAAAUCUACAAAUCAAACCCUUUAUGCAUCUCUAGCAAGCUCUGAAUGCAGCAGUGAGACAACAACUCCCAAGGGAAGUUACAACCCCGGCGGGAAGGGGAAACUCGCAAAGUCUGCACGCUGCUGCCUUCCAAAUUUGGUGCGCAGCCUGAGCUUUAAUGGGAGGAGGAAGAGGCUGAGCCUUGCCAAUAGUAGAGGACGCUGAGCCCAGCUUCUACUCUGUCUAUAUUUGUAAAGAACUGCAAACUAUAGUCUAUAGCAUAAAAGACAUAAAACCGGUAUCUUAAAUCCCUUUUCAUAUAUUUCUUGGCUUCCCUCAAGCAGGUUGAGAAGCAGUUCUAACUUCUAAAGUGAAUUAUGAUCUUUCUUUAUAUUAUCUUGUGCAAGUACUUGGGGAGCUUAUAUUUUAAAGUGAUGAUGCGAAUUUACCUA